CCCCAGGAGAUGGACAGAGUCACCAGGCACCUGGUCUUCCAGCUCCCGCAGACCUCGCACAAGCAGGACUACAGCGAUGCCCACCAAGCUGGCUCGUUUGCAGAGCGAAGGGCCGACAGCGACGAUGACGUGUUUGGCUCCGUCCAACACAGCAGCCAGAGGGUGGAAAAUGGCUACGGCUGGAAAACGAGGUCGAAGUCGCCCUCAUAUUUCCUGGAGGGUGGGAAAGAUGUCUGGACCCCGUCCCCAGAUAGGGAGUCCAAGCUGGAGGUGGUGAGGUCGGGAAGCCUGUACGACCUCAGGGCUUACAGAGGCGAGAGGAAACCCUCGAAGCUUUACGAUGAUGAUGAGCUGGAGGAGUUCAGGGUCCCUCCACCAAACAUCUCACCUGAGAAAGCCAGGGAGCUGGAGGAUGAGAGGAGGGAGAUCAUCCGGAGCCAGGUGAUGAGGAAGAGCUCUACCACGGCCGAGAGGUGGAGCUCCAUGGAUGAGCUGAGCUCCAUAAACACUGGCACAAGCAGCCAGGGUGAGGGCAGGCACAUGGGCAGCUUCACCACCAGCUUUGCCAUGAGCUUUGACAAGCCUUCCUUGGGGAGGGCAGCGACGCCUGUUGACCCUGAAAAUAUCGACACGGAGCAGAUCAACUUCUCUGCUGCUCGGCAGCAGUUCCUGAUGCUGGAGAAGACCAACCCGGGCUCUUUUUUUAGCCCAGGGCAACAAGCCAUGUCUCCAAAGCCAGAGUCAAUGACCAAAGUCUCCAGGCAAGAGUGGCACAGUCCUGAGGUGGCUACAAGGGGUGUGAGAGGUUACGGUAAUGAUGGUGCAUCCGGCCAGGACAAGACGGACAAGACCAUUUAUCAGGUUUAUAGUGUGUCCUACAAGACACCUCUGAAGGACGAGGCUUAUACUCCCAGAAGGGCUGACACUGACAGGUCAUAUCCCACUGGGAAAAUGUCUGGCUUGACUAAAACAUCAUCCAGAGAGGACCUGGACUCCGGCUUGGGUGAGAUGUAUAAUGAAGCCAAUGCAGGCUACGCCAGCGACGGCAGCACAUCCAACGAGGUCAUCGACGGCCUUGUGGAUCUGAGGGCUGGGAGCAACGGCCUGGAGAAGGAGAGGAAGAUCAGCAACGAGACGCCCAUCGAGCGGGAGAUCCGCAUGGCGAUGGAGAGGGAGGAGAACCUCUGGAAGGAGAGGGGGAUCCAGCGGCUGACUUCCAGCAGCGAGCUGGUGGAGAUCCAGACCAAGCCUCUCCUCUCCAUGCACACCUCUCCUGGCCCAGGCAGGAAAGGGAAGGACAAAGGCCGUGCUUCUCUUUAUGUCCAGAGGGAAAUCGAGCAGGAAACCAAGCGUGAGGAAGAUCUGAAGAGGCAGGGGAGGCUGCUGGGGACGUAUGACAGGGGGACGCAGCAGGAGCUGGACGAGCGCAGGAGAGUGUUUGAGCAGGAGGAAGCCCCUGUGCAGAAGCCCACCCCCACGAGGAAGGCAGACGAGCGGAGGAGCUGGGUUAAUGAGUUUGUGGUGGAGCAGCCCAUGAGCCCCGGCCCCACAGACAACACCAGGGGUGGGAAAAGUCUUCCCAGCUACACAACGAGCAUCACACACUUCCAGCUGUCCCAGCCGCGCUUCACCGCCAGCGGGAAGAGCCAGGACCAGCCCCUCGUGUCCCAGCGCAUUUCCGCCAGCUCCAGCAAACAGGGGAGUGAGGAUUCCUGGGGAGGAAGGCUUCCCAGCUCCACCCCGAGCCCCGCCAGCACCGUUGUGCCCAGAGAGUACUUCUCCUUCUCCUUCUGGAAGCCCAAGGUCUCCUUUGUGGACGCCAUGGGGACGCAGACUCCGCUGCGGAGGGAGGACGGCCGGGAGGAGCAGUACAAGCUGAGGACCUGGAAGCCCCAGACAUCGGCGCUGAUCGAGGAGGAGAUCAGGAGCGACUUGCAGAGGGAAGAGGAGCUGCAGGAGCAGCGGCGGCGGCGGCAGCUGGUAGAUGGCCCCUCCCUGGUCGGCAGCGAUGACUUUCCCCAGGAGGGCUCCCGCUCACGGCACAGCUCAGCUGCCUCAGGUGUCAGCGGCAGCUACUCAGUGUCCGGGUCUCCAGUCUCCACUCCUACCUCACACCCGGUGGGGAUCCUGGGGCUGAUAUCGUCCUUCACCCCGCUGAGACUGACCAGUCCCGCCCAGGGCAGCGCGGAGACCCUCACCCCCGACUCGGCGCGUUCCAGCCCCUUCGAGGAGCGGAGGAGGAGGGUGAAGGAGGAUGGAAAGUACGCAGGCAUUGAACCCGUGGACAGGAUCAACACCGAGGUCGUGGAAAGCACCCGAGUGAUUCGUCACAAGAGCGUCAUGGCCCAGCGCUGGGAGGCAGGGCAGUACGUCAGGGACGAGGACUGA